UGCGCUUCCCGCCAAAACUCCUGUCAAAGGUGUUGUCACUCUUAAAAUUUCUUUUAAGAAUAAAAAUGAGUGCUCUCCUAUUACUUGCUCUGUGCGCGUUUAUCGCGUACAAAUUUUUCUCAAGAAAAACAGUUAUUGUCUAUAAAAAUACAAAACAUGGAGUGGAAAAAGUUGAUUUAAAAGAAGCACCCGGGCCUCUACCAUUGCCAAUAAUGGGGAAUCUACAUCUUUUAGCCAAAAAUGAGUCGCCAUUUCAGUCGUUCACUGAAUUGGCUAAAAAGUACGGUGACAUAUUUAGCAUGAAAUUGGGCAGUUCUCAGUGUUUAAUAGUGAACAAUUUAGAACUUAUUCGCGAGGUUUUGAAUCAAAAUGGGAAAUUCUUCAGUGGAAGACCAGACUUUCUGCGUUUCCACCAGCUCUUUGAUGGGGACAGGAAUAAUUCUUUGGCGCUCUGCGACUGGUCGAAUCUUCAGCUGCGUCGUCGCAAUCUGGCAAGACGUCAUUGUGGACCAAAACAACACACUGACAACUUCGCACAAAUCGGAGCUGUAGCUACGUUCGAAGCUACCGAGUUGGUUCAGACUUUAAAGCAAAUUACGAAGACAUCGGCCGCUCCAGUCAACCUGAAACCUCUUCUGAUGUCUACCGCUAUGAAUAUGUUCUCUAACUACAUGUGCAACAUUCGCUUUGAAGAAUCAGACCCUGAAUUUCGUAAAAUCGUCGAUUACUUUGAUGAGAUUUUCUGGGAAAUCAACCAAGGCUACGCGGUUGACUUCCUCCCGUUCCUCGCACCUUUCUACAAGAAACACAUGGAGAAACUAUCGCACUGGUCUCAUGAGAUCCGAUCUUUCAUUCUGUCAAGGAUUGUUGACCAACGCGAAAUGACAAGUUCAUUUCACGACACUGAGACUCCAGAAAAAGACUUCUUAGAUGGUUUGUUACGAGUACUACACGACGAUCCUACAGUAGACAGAAAUACUAUUAUUUUCAUGCUUGAAGAUUUUCUCGGAGGUCAUUCUUCUGUAGGAAACCUGGUUAUGCUAUGUUUAACAGCUGUAGCAAGAGAUCCAGACGUGGGCAAACGUAUCAAAGCUGAAAUUGACAGUGUCACGAAAGGAAAGCGAGCUGUUACUCUUACCGACAGGCCAUCCUUGCCAUACACCGAGGCAACAAUCCUGGAAGUACUCAGAUACUCAUCAUCUCCCAUUGUCCCUCAUGUGGCCACCGAAAACGCAGCAGUAGCCGGCUAUGGAGUAGAGAAAGGUACUAUCGUCUUCAUUAAUAACUAUGAACUGAACACAUCAACAAAAUACUGGAACGAGCCAGAGAAAUUUGAUCCGUCGAGGUUCCUGGAAAAGUCCAAAAUCCGUGUGCGACGAAACUCUCUUUGCGACUCCGGUAUGGAGUCGGAUGGGGAGAGAAAUGGACCUAUCGACAAAACAAGAGAGGUUGAGAAAGAGAUAGUCUCUGUAAGGAAGAAUAUCCCUCAUUUUCUUCCAUUUAGCAUAGGAAAGAGAACGUGUAUCGGCCAAACUAUGGUAACAACCAUGAGUUUUGUCAUGUUCGCGAAUAUUAUUCAAGAGUUUGAUGUAGCUGCUGUUAGUAAAGAUGACUUGAGGCAGAAACCAGCCUGCGCUGCACUUCCGAAAGACACAUACCCAUUGUACCUUUUACCAAGAAAAUAAACACUAAAUUUAUCAGCAGAUGAUCCACUUCGAUUAUAUAGUGACAAAUUUAAAUGGUUCUGGCGGUAGUAAAACUGGCCAACUGCUCGCGGCACACAAAAAUCUUUGAUGCUAUGAAAUUGAGGUUCUCUUUUUGACUCCUGACUGGAUGGUUAGAUGUGGAUCAUUUGUUUAUGAAUUAUUUGUAGAUAUUUCUUUUAUGUUGUAUUGUGUCUGCUUAAGGUCUCAUUAUGUUUGAAUAAUUGGGUCAAAUCCGGCACACACGUGUGCAUGGAAAUCCUAGGUUCCAAUUCAGAAGAGAAGAAUCUGGCGAACAAACACAAUAUAACAUAAGAGAUACGCUCAAAAAUUAUUUAUUUCUUGAAAUAAGUUUUUGAAACAGAAAAUAUUAACUCGAAACAGUUUUAGACGUUUGAAUACAAAUUCAAAUUAAAAGAAAACUAAAAUUGUUAUUUUAUUUUUAAUAAUACGACUGCUUUGUUUAUUGGACUUACGAUAAUAAGUUUAGAUUAGUUUUAGAUAUGUACCAAGCAUGAAUGUAUUUAGCGAAUUGCGACAGUAGCCAACGUAAUGGACACGAAACAUGACGGUCUAUUCCGUUUAAUUGUGAUUGGUCAACAGUAUCUCUAGGCGAACACGCGUUCACGCACGUAACGUCAUAUUACGAAUGUUUGUCUCACAAUCUAACUGUUUCUCCUGUAUGAGAGGAGUAUGUCAUCACCCAGUCUUGCCAACUUCUAUCUCAAUCAAAGACUUCUCAAACGCAUUCAAACAGCAUUAAAUUAAUCCAGCAUUUUAUAAUGCCUUUACCGUAUCAACAAACACAAAUCAACUAAAACCUUUGUUAGUUAUUUGACGCAAAUUGUUUUAUAUUAGAGGAGAGGAAAGGAUUUUUAGCUUGCAUCUACAUCUUUACAAUUGCAAUGAGACAAUGGCGCCAGGGAAUAUAAGCUUCUAAACUUAGUCAAUAAUGUGUGGAAAGUCAAAUUCAAAUCAUUUAUUAAUUUAGGUAACACAAUGUACACAUAUUAAUAAAGAAAUACAUUUUAAAUGCUUCUAAUUUUACACUUAUUGCCAGUUCUCAACUCA